AUGCCCCCCAAGGCUCCUGCAAAAAAAUGGUGUCCGACACGAAGAAACGCAAAAACAAUCAAAAAACCAGGGUGCAGAUUGAACAUCAACCCUUCUCUUCAACCCGAUAGUAGUCAACUCGGACUUUACGAGGAAUACAUGCAGCCCCUGCAGUUAUUCAAUGACCUUUCAGCAAUGGUUGAAGAACAAGAGGAGGAUGAGGACGAGGAUGAGGAGGAUGCAGAUGCGGAGAAGGAGGACCACAACAACAGCGAUGAGGUAAACGACGAGCAUGGGCUCCACCAGGAGCAUUACCACCCACUUCCAUACAACAAUCCAUCUUCGUCUCGGCCCUACCUUGAGCAGAACUAUGCCCCUCCCUAUUACCCACCACUUUCCCCUCAGCCCCAGAUGUAUGAUGGCCUGCUGCCUUCCAGUCCCAUUUGUGACUUCCUGCCGUUCGACUACACACCUAUGUUUGACAAUCGACCUGAAUCUAGCAAUGUGCCAUCAUCUAGUUGGCAACCUGCUCGCACAUCACUUGGUGUCUAUGACAACUAUCUGUCUCAUGUGCCUAUGUUCGACGACAACUAUCUGUCUCAUGCGCCUACGUUCGAUGAUCUCAUACCUUCUGUGAUCCAGGACCUCGAGCCCAUUACGAGCUCGAGGUUCAGCGGUAUUGAGCAAAUGCGGAGAGAGCACCUUGAACGCCAACGGGUUCGGUGUGCAGUCCAAGCACGUAUCAACCUUCCUGGAAUCAAAAGAGUGUUUGUAUAUAACCCGCGCUGUCAUCCAGCAGAGAGCCAACAAGGGCAGCUCAUAACGACAGGCAUAAUCAGGGGUGAUGCUGACCUGCCCCAACAACUGACUGAAAAAGAGCGCAAAGAGUCGAUGAAGGAGGCGAAGCAUAACACCCAGAUGGCAGAGGAAGCAUUUUUGGAGGCAGUGGGACGGGUAGCACCAGGUGUAUCAUUGACCACCUUGCAGAUACCAGAUCACGUUGAGUCCUGCAAGAAACUCUCGACAAUCAUGACCACCGUGUGUGGGGUCUUCAAGAAGGAGGCGCGAUGUGCUCUUCCUAACCACUAUUCUCUCACUAUCAAAGCCGAAGACAUGGGAUCACUGAUCGCUCACAGAGAAGCUACUGUUGCCCCACUUCUCAUUAAUCACACCUAUCUAUUCAAAGAUCUAACAAUUAUGUCUCCUGUCAACCACCCCACCGUCAUCGAGACGAUCUACCAUGCCCUCUGGACCACCUCGCUUCAUGAAUCACUCAACUUCGAUGAGCUCGAUUAG